AUGCGGAGCUUCUGGUUAUCACUCUCCCUCUUGGGAUCAUCAAUACAGCAAGUUCUGGGUGCUCCAGUAAUUGACAGCAAGGUCCAAGCUGUUCAGAGAAGUCUCUCCAAACGAGCAAUUGCAGGUCCCAAGAUCAACGGAGCCAACUUUGCAGACCCGGCCAUUAUCAAUGUCAACGGCGUCUGGUACGCAUUCGCAACGAGAACGAUCGGCAGCGGCAUUCGCAUACAAGUCGCUACUUCGAACGAUUUCAACAGUUGGUCGCUUGUCUACAACGAGGAUGGCUCCCAACACGACGCAUUACCAAACUUGCCCAGUUGGGUGGUACAGAGUGCUCCAAACACUUGGGCUCCGGAUGUGAACAUCCUGGAUGACGGAUCUUUCGUCUUGUACUACUCUGCGAGCACGACUCAGGAUGCUUCAAAACACUGCGUUGGCGCCGCAACUUCGAAAAACGUACUCGGGCCGUAUACGCCGACUGGCGACGAUACUCUCUUUUGCGAUUUGAGUGUCGGCGGUGCCAUUGAUGCUGCAGGAUUUAACGAUAAUGGGCAACGCUACGUGGUCUACAAAGUAGACGGAAAUUCCCUGGGUAAUGGUGGCGCAUGCAUGAAUACCGUCGAACCUUUGAAAGCUACACCUCUCAUCCUACAACCAGUAGCAGCAGACGGCUUCACCAAAACCGGCUCAGCAACAACACUCCUGAACCACGAAGGUCUCAGCGACGACGGCGUCCUCGAAGCCCCCGUCCUCAUCAAAGUGAGCGGAACCUACUUCCUCUUCUUCAGCUCAGGGUGCUUCACGACAUCAAACUACGACGUUUCCUACGCCACUGCGAGCUCAGUCACCGGCCCAUAUACUCGUGUGGCGACAUCUCUGCUGAAGACUGGUAACAGCGGUCUUCAAGCCCCUGGUGGAGCGGACGUCACUAAGACUGGCGAUAAGAUUGUCUUUCAUGCGAAUAAUGCGGGUGGAAGGUCGUUGUAUACCGCGGGGCUUACGAUCAGUGGAACGACGGUGGCGAUAUCUUGA